CACACAACUUCAGUUUGACAGCUAAGUAUUUUGCCUCCGCCGGACAGGUUUCGUCAUUGAGGUGGAUCGUUUCGAAAUCUCCUUCCUUGUCCGGCCAGAGUCACGCGCUGCUGUUCGACGUAUCUCCAACAACCCUCUCGGAACUCUGCUUGCUUGCUUGCUUCGUUUGGCCAUCUGCACCAACACCCAAACGCCCCCGUUUAACACCACGCGGUGUAUAACUGACUAGUACAUAUCGCAAUACAGACGGUGCCCUUAUUUUCGCUUGCGAGCGGUGAAACCAACGCUAACUGGAGCCGUUACCGGACUCUUCACCUGUGACGCUUAUCACCAGACCAUUUCUUUACCGAUCGUGAACCAAGACAUCUCACUAGACUAAAACAUACCUCAACUGACCUGGACCGCCACCAUUUUUCAACGUUGUUUCAACUCCUCCAGCAUGGUUCGCACGCCUAUUACCAUCGACAAGGGUCACACUAUCACACCCUUAAAUUCCCCACCAGUUCCUUUGGAGUUGCCCAGCAAGAACCCUCCUUCGCCUUCCACCAAGUCGCCUCGUAACCCUGUCAAUCAGCAUUGGGUUCAGGCACAGCAGCGAAAAAUAUUCAUCCAACAUUUGAAACAAUGGUCCAUGGGCCACGAUUCAAGCGCGCAUUUCCAAGGGAAGCUUAGUUUGUUGCCUCCUGAUCCACGUAGGAGAGAGGAUUUGGAUUUGGGUAAGAGCGUGCAGUGCGUGCUUACGGAUUCGAGCUUCACGGAUUGUAGGAAGAAGAUUGUCGUCAGGCUUUUUAGUCCGCAAAUGGGCAAGAGGAAGAGUAAGAGACCUAGUAUGAUAAGGCCAGCGCAAAGGGGUGAUAUGGACCCUUUUGAAAGUAGAGAAGCGUUUACAGAGUGGGAAGAGAGCACAUGUCCAUUCACAUUCGCUGAAGACGACAUGGCCCAGCCAACUUCGCAGGUCAAAUCCAUUUCCCCGAGCAACUACUAUAAACUCGUUAUUCGCUGCGGUUCUGGCUGGCUCUCCGCCCGUGAAUACCUCAACAACCUCUACUUCACGCGUCUUGCAAUCAAAAAUACCAGCCUCAGUGCCAACACCGUCUCUGACAAAGCAGAGCGCACAUUUCGCACACACUCACAGGCUCUUAGUCCCCAACCAGCUCCAGAAGAUACCGUCAACAUUCAACCCUUAUUCCAUCCAUUCCUUCGCCUGCCUCAAGAACUUCAAGAAAUGAUCAUGAUGACCGCUGCGGGAUUGACCCGAAAUUACGACCUUUUACCUGAAAUCAGCUACCGACUGCCAUCAAAACACGCCAAAUCACCAAUCAGUCUCUCGACACUACUUCGCAUUUCUCCCACCAUCACAAGUACAAUGCAGUCAUACAUUCUUCACCGAACCACCUUCCACUUCGGACUCACAGGAACUACAAACUUCUUGUGGCAAUUAGGACCAACCAAUCGCCCCCAUAUCCGGCGUCUCGCCUUCCACUUCGGACGCGGCGCGCUCCUACAUUGCGUACGCUGGCUAGCACCAGAUCCAAUCUUCGACUUGCUGCAACCACCGGUGCAGAAGGACAUGGGUGGCCUUCCAUAUUUCUGGCGGUGCCAACUUCGCGCUUUGGCAAAGGAGUUACAUCUUACAGAGCUCAUUAUCGGAGUCCAAACUAUGCCUCAUGCCGACAUUGCCAUGGUAGCGAGAAUAAUGAAAGAAUCAUUUGGAAGUGUUGAGAAAGUUUCUUUUGUCGAGAACUUCCUUGAUGGAACCACAAAGUUGCUUGAUGGAGCAGAUACGCGGCUGGAAGGAGUAGGAAAGGGAUCGUGGAGGGAUAUGACGAUGGGAUAUGUAGAGAGGCAUAAGAGGCAGGUUGGAUGGCAUAACUACCAUUUUGGACUUGAGGUUGCGGGCAUGACGGAGGAGGAGUUGGAGAGAAAGAUAGAUGGGGAGAGUGUGUUUUUUGACAGUUGAUGGGGCUACUAUGAAUAAAGAGAUGGGUUUAGAAAUCAGGCAUAGGGUUUUGUUGUUAUGAUCGGAAUUGGGAAGGGGGACUGAGACGGUAGCAAUCCAUCACUUGCGGCUGUAUGCUGAGGAUGUUUGCUGUUGAAUGUAAUGUAUCGGCAUUCUUUUUGGGGAGAUCUCGACAGGUCAAACAAAGUAAAUAAAGCACAUCUCCCCAAAUUGCGACUGAUAGAUGAGAUGUAGUAAGACAGGUCACCUACUAAGAUAUAAAGAUGUUGGAGUGAGCUGCCAAACUGGGAGAAAUGAAUGUAUUGUCUUGGAUGACUGACGAG